AUGUCGGAACCACGAGAUUCCCGGCAACAACGCCCAGAAUGGGCAAAUCGUCGUCCCACGGGGGGCGCUCGAUAUCGGGAUGACUCUCGAGAUGCGAUGCAUCACAACAAUGGCCGGGGGCCAUCACCACCACCUCGCUGGCUGCACGACCCAAUGCGACGGGGUGACCAAGACGACCGGCGCGACUGGCGCGGAUACGAGAGCGCACCAACCCACAGAUCUCAUUCGGAGCGCUACGGAGGCGACACCUUCAUCUCCCGUGGUGACGUAACGUUCGCCUCGGAUGUGCAAUCACGUUUCUCGCCGGCGCAUCAUCACGGAUCGCGCUAUCGCGAGCGCAGUCCACCACGCAGUCCGCCGCGCAGUCCACCACGCCACUCGCAGCAAUCCUACCACAGAGAGCGGUCGCCGCCCAGACGCGAACGCUAUGGCCCUCACCUCCCGCCUCCUGGGUACGGCCUUUCCCGCAGUGGUCGACCAAAACCAUCCUACGAAUCUCGCCACCGGGAAGAUGUAAAUUUGCGUCAAAUAGCUCGCUACGAAGAACAUCGGGCUUACGAAUCUUACAGCGGCCAAGACGUUAAUAUGCGUCGGUCACCUGACCACGAAGAGAGGUUUCACCGCGGCCAAGAUGUGGAUAUGCGUCGGCCACCUCGCUACGAACACCAGCCAGCCAAGGAGAAAGAACUGGCUCUUAAGCAUAGUGAAGCACUCCGGAAGUUGAGACCAACGCAUGAGACCAACGUCAAGGGGCUCCGAGAGUCGCACAAGCAGGAUCUAGCAUCCAAAGACGCCAGCCAUGACAGCGAGGUCGCUCGUCUGAAAGCCGAACACGCAAAGGCUGCUACUGGUUACUUGAGAGACAUAGAAGACCUGCAAGCCAACAACAAGGUCCUGGCCGGCGAGCUAGGCGACGCAAAGGAGUCGUCCAAGCGCUGGAAAGAACAAUUCGAAAAGACCGACCAGAAGCUGGACCGCUUCAGCGAGGCGACCGCCGACUGGCUGACCACCACCAUCGGGCCCCUCCCACGGGAGAAGUGGAACAGUUUCCUCACAGCCUACUCCGCGUGGACACCCCUGCCCCCGUUGCCAGACGAGGAUGUCGAGGAUGGGUUCUGGGUCUUCGAGGCUCCCUGGCUCAAGGCCGAAGGGUUGAAACUAGACCCGCCGCAGAUCGGCACCCACGAGAGGCUCGCCCGGCUGUUCUGGCUUCUGCAGCAGGAUUACUGGGAGCCGUCUCACGUCAUGAGGGCGUUCGAGCUGCUCAGCUUGAAUUGGAAGGUUCUGUUUGAGGGGUCACUGGAAUUUCGCGGCAUGAUAAACCUCAUGGACGACUUCCACUGUUCGCUACAGAGGUCACUCGCGAAAUGGCCUCACCUCAUGAGCUUCGCUGCAUUUGCGUUGAGCGAAAUGAGCGAGUAUCUCAGUCUGAGGAAGACUGCCAUAGCCUGUAAACACGCGGGCAACCCAGAUACGGCCUGUGAAAAUGCAGGUAACGACGCCAGUGCGACCAAACUGGUCCGGUCGAAUGACCUCAGGGAGGCCACGGCUCUGCUCAGAGAGGAGCUGCGACCGGGGCUCGAGAUAGAGGGCGACGUCGGCAUCUUCGCAUCGGGAGACAAAAAGUGGUGGGCGAUCAUCCACUUCGGCCAGCGGACCAUCAGGGUCUUCGAGGACGGCUUCGCCCAGGAACUCACCUCAGGCCUCGACGAACGGCCCCGAAUGAUGGUGUCAUCCCCGGACCGGCACCUCUGGGAGGACAUUGUGCUCCAAAGCACGCAUUUCCGCAGCGAGCUCUGGUGGGAGGCGGAGAAGGAGCAGGUCGACUCCCUGCAUGCAGUAGUCCGGGGCUGCUCAGACCGAUUCAAGGGUCUGUACCAAGCGCUGGGCGAACCGGGGCCUCCAGUCCUCAGUGGUAUUAUGGAAGUACUCCUUCGAACCUCGGCGGACCUCGAUGCUGGCAUUCAAACGUGUAAUGCUACAUACCAGGCACUCAAGCUCGAGAAGAGCAAAUUCGAGGACGAAAACAAGAAGCACGAAGAACUGCGGUCGGAGAUGCAAGGCCUUCGCGAUGCGAGUGUAUCCACCAACGACAAUUUCACCACGGACGCGAACGGUCAGCGAAAAACCCAAGAGGAUAUGGCCGCCAAGAUCCAGGACAUACAUGUCGCGAUCAACAAGAGUCACCAGCCGAUAGAUCUGGGUGAAAUCAAAAAGACCAUCGAGACUGCACUUAGAGACCUCAAACCCAGAACACCCGCUCUAGAGAACGUGUCUCGAGCAACGCAAACGAGUCCUCUGAAGCGUAAGGCGGACCACGUUUCUCGGGCGACACAAACGAGUCCCGCGAAGCAUACGGCGGAAGAUGCGCCGCCACAUGCGACGAACAAGAAACCCAGACUCGACCUAGCAACAUCUGAUAAGUCCAGGGUAUCAGGCCCCGGAAACGACUCAUCGGACGAAUCCACUUCUCAGCUGUCGCAUGAUCAGCUUCGAGUCUUGCAUAAGUGGAAUUCGAUUCGAGAAGGCAGUAUGGCAACCCUGAAAACGCUUCGGCCAGAUCCAGAGAGUGAAUACCUACCGUCGGAGCUAUACAACAAGAUGUUCUGGGUAAUCGGACAGUACGAGGGAGGGAUGUCCUGGACGCAAAGGCUCGACAUGUUCCUCGACAACGAGAGAUACCCGCCGGACGUCUGGGUGUGCCUACGCGAACUCGAGGGAUGGCGUAUUCCAGACCCGAUUCAAUCUUCAGAUCCAUGUCCCGGGUGUGACAGCGAGCACCUCCAAUAUUGUGUGCAGAUACGGAAGAGCCAUGGUCGAGCCGAGCUUAGAUAUUACCCAAAGGAGUACUAA